AUGCUGACCAUUAAUGGGAAGAUCAUUCCCAUAAUCCAUACCAUUUGCGCAUUCUCCGCCUUUUUCGCUGCUUUGGUCACUGGAUAUUCGUUUCAUUUCCAUAAAAUUGUUACUAAUGCUCAUUAUACGUAUCCAGAUGAGUGGUUUCCCAGUGUGUCAGCUACUAUUGGGGACCGUUAUCCGGAACGCUCUAUUUUCCAAAUUUUAAUAGCUUUGACUGCUUUUCCAAGAUUUUUAUUGUUAUUAGGUCACUAUUAUCUCAACCAAUCCAAAAUAUGCCUCCUGGUCGGAGUGCUCCGGACGGUUUCUUGCGGUGGUUGGGUAUACAUAACAAGUACAGAUGAUCAUGACAUUCACGAUAUUUUUAUGAUCACAUAUAUUCUCUUAACGCUACCAUGGGAUAUAAUGAUUACUCGCUAUUCGAGUCCCUUAACUUCGAAGAACAAAGGGUUGACCGCUACAAUCUUUUUCACAACACUAUUUCCAAUGAUUUACUGGUACAUUCAGCACUCAGUCCAACAAAGGGCUGGCGCCUAUUCCAUCUAUGCGUAUUUUGAAUGGUCUCUGAUCCUUUUAGAUAUUGCAUUUGAUGCAUUUGCAUAUGCUGAUUUCAAGAAGAUAGAUAUUGUUCUCGCUUUCAAUGAGAAACCUGGUAAUACGAGCUUUUUCCAGAUUAAAGACUCUAGCGCUAUUGUGCAUGGCGAAAAGGAGAGCUCAGAAUUGCAAAAAAUUCGUGCUGGAAAGGAAGUUGAGAAGAAAAUAAAUGUCGCGUUAAAUGCAACACACUCAUAUUUCAAAUUUGAUUCUUUCUUUUACCUAUUAACAAACGUUUUCAAUGGGUUUCUUUUCUGGUCCAAUGCCACCUCCCUAUUGUGUAGUGUUUGGCAUUUCCCACUUUGGUAUAUGGGAAUAUCGGGUUACGAAACUGCAAUGUUUGGCUUACUGGGGCCCAUUCUCUUAUACCUGCCAUUUGUCUCUGAAGCUUUUACUCAAUAUGGUGUACUUUUAGGAGGUACCAUUGCCAUUGGCGCCUAUAUUGUUCAAAUGCCAGAAUUACGAUUGAUUUCUGUAGCUGUAGGGACUUCCAUUACCGUCGCCGCGUUUGUACAAAACCUAAGAUAUAUUACAGACGAAAAGACCAGCGUAUCGUUCGCCGUCACUUGGCUAUUAGGUCUUGUUGCAUCUGUGAUCUUAAAAAUGGGGUUCUAUACCAAUAAUCCAACCUGGGUCAUCCUGGAUGAGCGUAAUGGUGGCUAUAAUAAGACAUCUCUUAUCCUUACCGUUUUUUUUGGUAUGUUAUCGCCUUAUGUUAAUUCAGUCAAUUUCCAAGGAAAGAGAAACACACAAGUAAGAUCUGUUUCGUUUGCUGGCAAACUGUUUUUAGCUGUUGGUUUUGGUUCACUAUUGUUCGGUAUUCAUCAGUUGUUAACGGACUCCUCCACUACCAUUUAUUGGGCAUGGGAAGGUUACAAUGACUCACAUGGGCCAUUGUCUUGGCCAUGGAGUUCCUUAACGUGUACGGUCAUGCUGUUUGCUGUCGUAGGCUCAGUGAAGUUUAUCGGUAAACCGUUAGUUCCAUGCUUAUUAUUAGUCUUAUCUACUGCUGUGCUUUCUACUAGGAGUAUUACACAAUGGCCCAAAUACAUUUCCGGUGGUUUAUUAUAUGCCAUCGCUAUGCUUUGGUUAGUUCCUUCGUACUUUUCUGCAUUAGGCCAAAUACAAAGCAUAUGGGUUUAUGUCGUUUCAUUUGCCGUUUAUCUCAUAUUUGUCUUGGCCAAUGUUUGGGUAGUUGCGUAUGCGUUUGUUCCAAUGGGUUGGCUACUUAGAGAAAAAAUUGGGACUGUCCUUGCUCUUUCCUCAACAUUCAUCAUUCUUGGUGUUCUGAUCAGCAAAAAUCUCAACGUGCAGUUGGAGACUAUGAGUAAAAAAUUUUACACCUACAUUUCUUUCUUUGCUGUAGUUCUACUAACAUUGACAGCCAAAUUGACGUACGAUAUCAGACCUACCGGGAUUCCUCAACCUUAUCAUCCAGACUCUCAGUUAAUUACGGCUGGUAUUUGGACCAUCCAUUUCGGUCUCGACAAUGAUAUGUGGGCAUCUGAAGAUAGAAUGAUCAACCUAAUUGAAGAAAUGGAGGUGGAUGUUAUAGGCUUAUUAGAAACAGAUACACAAAGAAUCAUCAUGGGUAACAGGGAUUUGACCAAUAAACUAGCUCAUGAUUUGAAUAUGUAUGCUGACUUUGGACCAGGUCCGAACAAACAUACAUGGGGCUGUGUUCUUCUUUCCAAAUUUCCUAUCGUAAAUUCUACACAUCAUCUAUUGCCCUCUCCAGUUGGGGAACUUGCACCAGCCAUUCAUGCUACGCUUCAAACAUAUAAUGACACAUUGGUUGAUGUCUUUGUCUUCCACAGUGGGCAAGAGGAAGAUGAAGAGGAUAGAAGAUUGCAAAGCAACUAUAUGGCUAAACUUAUGGGUAACUCAACCCGCCCAGCUAUUCUACUCAGCUACCUAGUUGUUGACCCAGGUGAAGGCAACUACAAUACCUUCGUUAGUGAAACUUCCGGAAUGCAUGACAUUGACCCUACUGACGAUGACAGAUGGUGUGAAUAUAUCUUAUAUAAGAACUUAAGAAGAACAGGUUACGCAAGGGUCGCAAGAGGCACAAUCACAGAUACUGAGCUGCAGGUUGGUAAAUUUCAGGUCUUGAAUGAACAAGCGUUGGCCAAAAGCACAAGUUCCAUUUAUGAAUAUGAUCAUGUCGAUGAAUCAGAUAAUGAAGACAUGAAAUUUCCCGAUAAAUUUUUGGGCGAAGGUGACAGAGGUCACUUUUAUCAUGUUUUUGAUAAGCCGCGUUAUUACCCAUAA